CGACUUUUAAACAGUAAACAUUGAACACUGUAUGGGUCAUGGGAAAUAGAAAUUGUAAUUUGGAAAUAACAAUGUUGAAUGUACACUUUUACUAAACUUUACAAACAAAAGUUUUUUUAAAUAUUUUAUUAAUUUUAUAGAAAUGGACGUGCAAAUCCUAAAAAACUACAAGAUAAUCUAAAUGCUAUUUACUUUCCUACACACCUUCACAUAGACUUAUUUAUAUCGCAUCUAUAAUGGGAUGUGUGACUCCUGAUGGUAUGAUACUAAUAUUUUGGUAAUCUACAGAGAAUUAUCGAUGAUGUGAUCUAAGAUUGUACGUACCAGCAAUUUAAUUGCUUUCGCCAACCUUAUAAUUAGUAAUAUCACUUACAAUUUACCAAAAUGAGUUCUACAAGAAUAAUAUCUAAAGUUUUUGUGGGCUGUUGCCUUAGUACUACUUUUAUGGAGAUCAUUGUUGUAAAUAAGCCAGAUGCUGCAAACUUAGUAACAUUUUCACAGUUCCUCAGUAUAGCAUUACAGGGUCUGUUGGCAAUGAGAGAGAGUGUUUUGUCCCCAAACAUUCCUCUGAAGCAUUAUUUAAUCCUUAUUUGUUUAUUUUUUGCCACCAGUGUAGCAAAUAAUUAUGUUUAUACAUUGCAUGUGCCGUCCACUCUACACAUGAUCAUAAGAUCAGCAGCUUCUCCAGCAAGCAUGCUAGUCUCAUGGUAUGUCAAGAGAAAAAAACCGAAAUUAAACUCAUUAAUAGGGUCUAUAAUAAUCACCUUUGGAGUAUUCAUUGCUACUUAUGGAGAUGCUACAAUAAUUGAAAAGAGACAAGGCAAAUUUUUUCAGUGGUGUAUGGGUGUAAUUCUGCUGCUAGUGACUCUCAUUUCUGGGGCGUUCACUGGUUUGCAGCAAGAAAGUUUGUACACAAAAUAUGGAAAGCAUCCACAAGAGAUGCUAUUCUUCACUCAUGCAAUCCCGGUUCCGUUGUUCCUAGUGAUAUCAUCCGAAUUAUACUCUGUAGCCUUAAGUUUAUCAAUCUAUUUAUGGUUGUUACUCGUGAUAAAUACUGUAUCUCAAUUCUUUUGCUCCAGUUCCGUCCAUGAAUUAGCAACUAAGGAAACAUCUGUUACUGUUACGUUUAUUCUCACUAUAAGGAAAUUUUUAUCUUUGUUAAUUUCAUCUAUAGUUUUUAAAAAUAGCAUUACUAUUUAUCAUAUUGUUGGAUCUGUUUUAGUUUUUAUUGGCACAUAUUUUUAUUUUGAUUUCUUUUACAACAUGAAACAGCAGCCAGUUAAAUAUAAGAAAAAAUGAUUAAUCUGGCAACUGACUUGGAUUACGUAAAUAUCUUUUAAAUGAAUUUGUUGCACCCUAUAUUCCUUUAUUAAGGUCUAUCCCCCAUACACAUGGUUGGGGCCAAUAAAACUCUAUUAUGUGUGUAUCACAGAUUGGCAUAAGAUUUUCACUGAUGCUUCUAAAACAUCCAUGUGCCCGGUUGGUGGUGCGAUAUGGAUCCCCUCUACAGUUAUAUUUAUACACGGAACUAUAUCGCCAUACCCGAAGCUAUUUUAUUAAGUCCCAUAGCCUGAACAAUUCUAUUACCUUCACUUUCAGACUUCAAAAGCUGCCUUCAAUCAAUCCUCUCAAAUCCAUUAAGUUCAAAAAGUAUAACUACACAAGAUAAGUGAAAUUUUAAAGGAGUGCUAUGAUUUCAAAUUAACAUAGAUGCGAGGCCAUACAGGCAUAUUUGGUUCACAUUCCCUACAACAUUCUCAAAUCUUCUCUCACGUCUUGUCACGUCACCUUCAAAUCUAAGCUGUUUGAGACUUGGUCGAACAUGUGGCAAAAAUCCAAAACUGCAAGAGUCGCAAUAUAUUGAACUGCUUUAAAAACCUGGAUCUCGAAAUUUAGGAUCCCCAAUGAAAUAAUAAUCUCAACAGUUUCUCGGUAACGCUUAAACCAUUCUUUGAGUCUAGUAUUUCUAGCCAAACUUAUAAUUAGAGAUCAUUCUCUGUGAUUUUGGACUAGAUAAGGGAAAUAUGGGCUAUUUGAUCUUUAGUUGCCCUUUUAGUAACAUUCAUAGUUUUUGCAAACAGGAUGACUCCACGUAAUAUGUACCUAGGUAACACUGAAAAUGUUUAGAAAAUGAAAAACGGCUUAAUGUCGUUUGCUGUCGUAGACAGUUGCUAAUACUUUUAUUGUUUUUCGAAGUAAUCUCCGUUCCUCUCUACACGUCGUCGCAUUCGAUGGAACCACUGCGAAUAGCAGUGGGCCCAUUCUUCCUUAGGGGUCUCUUCUAUGUCAUUUUCGUACGCUUUCACCGCAUCUUCAGGGCUCGUAUGGGAAUACACUGCUUACAGAUCUUCGCCACUUUUCGGCAACGGUCGUAUUUCUAUAUAGAGAGGUAAUAGUAGAGACAGGAGUAGAGACGAUAUCUAUAUAGAGUGGUAAAAUGCAUUACUUUUGCAUAAUUUAGUAGAAUUAUAUUACAAUAAUAAUAACGAGAGGGGUGUGUUAUAGGAGCUCUAUAUAAUUCCGCAUAGACUGAUCACUGAACACGUGCAGUCGGCACCAAUACUUAAAGACGACUGACUGACCGGCUACCACAGCCGACCGCCCGAUUUGUUUUCGUAUUAUGAACACAUGAUUUGACUCCUAUUUCUUUUGCACAAGGUGCAAAAUGCAAGUGCAUUGUUUAGGGUUCUUACGAUUGAAUGGUUCGGGUGUUUCCGGGAAUACGCCAAUUAGCGACGAUCUGUAUGCGCAUUAUUAAUUUGGGAGCACUGUACCUCGAAUUUUAUCUUUAGUUGUCAGCUGCCAUAGUCAAAUAUUCAACAGCCCGUUUUGCGGAGUGCGCUGAAGCAUAGUCAUGGUGAAGGAGAGAAGGAUCCUGAUACGAGAGCGCUGCUGUCGAAUUUUUUCCAAGACAACAGGCAAACAGCAAUUGACAUACCAGUCUGCAGUAACUGUCCUUCCAUCUUCUAGCACAACUGUCGCGAAAUGACCUUUCCGACCAAAGAAUGAGGCAAUCAUAUUUUUUCCUUGACUUCUUCCUUUCUUUACCUUAGUUGGCAGAUCCUCGAAAGGAAACACCCACUGAGCUGAUUGUCUUUUGGUUUCGGGUUCGUAGCCAGCUUUCAUCAUCUGUGACGAUGUCAAAUAUAGCAUUUGAGUCACCGCCGUUGAACUUAUCUAACAUUUGGCGACACCAGUCCUAGUGAAUGUGUUUCUGGCCGUCAGUUAAAGUAUGGGGAAUCCAUUUGGUACAAAGCUUCCUGACGCCUUAAUGUUCGUGUAAUAUUUUUUGAACUUGUCUCAUACCAAUGCCCGUAUCUGCUGAUAGGUCACUCUCUUAUCUUCCUCUAUCAUGCGUCGCACAGCACUGAUGUUAUCUUCAGUAGUCGCUGUUAAAUGACGUCCCUCACGCGGAUCAUCAUUGAUAUUGCUACGUCCACGCUUAAACUCGUUAAACCAAUUGUAAAUAGUGGCACGAGAUGGGGCUUCAUUAAGAAAUGCUAAUCGCAGCCUAUCAUAGCUUUGUUGUUGAGUAAGCCCACAACGAAAGUCAUAAUAAAUCAUUGACCGAAAAUUUUCUCACGUUGGUUCAUUUUCACGUGUAACAAGUUUUAGAUUUGCCUCCAAUCACAAAAACAAAUGAAUGCAAUAUACUACAUAAGGUUACCAAAGAGUUCUAAAAUUGAGUUUUCAAAAAAGUUUUCAUUAGCAAUGUUUCUAACUGGCCAGUUCUAAACAUUUUCAGUGUUUUCCACGUAUUUGUUUUGUUACAAUAAAAAAAAAUUUAACAAUAAAACAACCGCCUUCAAAAACACUAUUCCAAAACAGUAGAUAUAAUGUGCAAUAAAUGGUUUUCUCAUGGCUUCCACUGUCAGAUCUGGACCAAAUUACAAUGGGACCAUUUGGGAAGCACCAGCUUUCAAAUAAAAAAAGAAUUAUCAAAAUUGGUUCACCCAGUCGAAAGUUUUGAGGUAACAAACAUAAAAAAAAAACCGACGAAUUGAGAACCUCCUCCUUUUUUGAAGUCGGUUAAUAAGACAAGAACUAUUUUAUUGAUUAUAAAUGUUGUCUUUUUGAGUAUUUUUAUAUUGUUCUUGGAGGGAAGCGUGAUCCGUGUGUCAUUGAGGUCAACAGUCGCUGGAUGAUCCUGUCAUCGGAACUGCUUCAGAUUGUUGAAAUUAGUUUCUUUUAUUGUAUCUUUGUAAUCGUUGAUUAUUAUUUAUUUAAUGUGUGUGGUGAUUGAUUGGUGCAUCUACUGUACCUAUUCGAUAAUUAGUGGUUUUUAAAUUAUUUACAGUGUGUAAGUUAUUGAGUAUUUUUGUUGCAUCACUUAACAUAAUUUGUAAAUGUUGAUUUAGUGUCCGUACAUACAGAACGGCCCGCGCUCUUCUCUUCACACAGACCGGCGAGUUAUACUUUUGGUACAGGUCGGAGCUGACUAAGUUGUUUCACAUAGACCGACUGGAAAAGCACAGUCAUCAAAAGUAGUCUGUCGGGUCCUCUUAUUAUUUUACAUUAAGCUGGUGGGUUUGCUUUCAGGCAUUUACAAUAACAAAAGAAGUGAAAUGUAAAAAUAAACACUAUUACAAUGACUCAAAUUUUUUAAAUGUGAUAAAAAUCAGCUCUCCUCUCCGAGCCGGUUUGAACGGACACUUAAAAGUGGCAAUGGGUCUCUUGACACUUCUUAUAUUUAAAGCUCAACCUUUUCCGAAGUGGUGGUUAAUGGUAAAAAGUAUAACUUUUGCCAUUCAAAAGUAUCAUUUCUCUGACCUAAAUGAAUUUUGAUUUGGGUGGUUGUAAGUUGCAACUGCAUGGUUAUAUUAUAGACAUUUCGUCUCACAUUUUUUUGGUUUGUGUUGUCAAUUAGUGUUUAAAUCGAAACCACAGCUUUAAACAACAAGCUGAUGAGACUAAAUAAGUGUAGAAAGAGGUGCUUUAAGCCAGCAGUUGCUUUUUUUUAAGAAUUAGGCAACAAUGAAAUUAAAACUGUUUCAGCCUGAUGAUAUACAUAAACCAUGUAAUCAUGAAACAGCUAGCGUACCUACAUGGCACAGCAAUAUUGAUAUUGUAUCUUAUGUAAAUAUGUUUAACUGUUUAAAGAAAAAUUUACAUUUGUUAUAAAUUUUAUUUUUAUAAGAUUUAUAUUGUAUGGAAAUAUACAAAAAAUAAAUAAAACAAUUAGAUGAAGUAAA